AUGUCCGAGGACCCACCCGAGGUCGUCAUGGAGGACGCCCCGCCCUCGGAUCGCGAUGAGACAUCAGAGGCAGAGGCAUCUCAUGAUGAGAGCGAUGAUGAAGCCCCCAUCGACCUCAUGGUCAAGACGAGGGAGCGGAGAGCCAAUGCCGGCAACCGCAUGGCCACGCUGCUCGCCAAAUCGGCCGAGGAAGAGGAGUGGGGGGAGGAAUGGGAGGAGGCGCCAAACGAGGAAGAGUUCCGAGGAGACGACGUGAAUGAGCAAGAGGACUACAACAUGGAUUCGUCAUCCUCGGAAGAGGACGACGAUGGCGCAGACGAGGAUGACGCGGGGGAGAAGGAGUUGCGCAAGGCAGAGCGCCACGAGCGCAACAAAAAGCGCAAAGCCGCAACCAACCCCUUCACCGCACGAGCUGCCGUCGCCGCACGCAAAAAGGUCAAACUCAACGUCCCCCGCACCCAAUCGCCCACGCAUGCCCCUCCACGACCAAAGAAGAAGUCGGAACGAGCAUCAUGGCUACCCACCGAAGAGGACGGCCCAGUGCGCAUGUCAAAACGGAAGCAGACGGUGGCAAACAAGGAUGCCACAUUGGCAAAGCUCAAGGAGAAGGAUCGGAGGCGUGAUGAUACUCUGGCCAUGAUGAAGGCUGCUGAGGCACGCAAGAUGAAGGCCAAGGAAAAGCCAUUGACCCAGGCCGAAAGACUUGCGGAAGCUGCUCGCAACGAGAGAAUCAACAAGAAAACCCUACACAGAUGGGAGGAGGCCGAAGAGGCGAGAGCGGCAGAAAGACAGGCCAAGAUUGAUGCGCUGAAGAACCGUCAAAUCGGUGGGCCCUUCUAUCGCUACUACAGUGGGCCGGGCAUCUGGGUUGACGACAAGCUCAAGUACACGGGCAAAGAUGCCCCAUCCUUGGAGCAUCUCGACGAAAAGCUCAACAAGGAGGUGGACAACCCUUCUACUCAGCUAGAGUCGACUACAGAACAACCCGACGUCUCCACAGCCCAGCCUGAACAACCGUCCGAACACCAUACAGACGACAGCCAACCUGCAUUUGCUUCUCUAGCACCCUUCCACCCCCCAAUGAGUUCAACACUAAUGCCUGCAAUACCGGCAACCCUACCACAGCAGGAGACCUCACAUAUCCCAUGGACCACGGCAGCAUCCCAGGGUGGUGAUGUGUUCAUGGGCUCUCACGGCAUGACACAAUCAAGUAAUGUCAUGUUUGCACCACCAAACCAAGACAGCUUCCUAUACGGCAUCGACCAGUACGCUCCCACGCCGGCCGAACUUCCUCCCAAUCCGUUCACACAGGCGUCGCCGUUCCAACAGCAAUACCCAACUUGCCACCCGCCCUUCUCUCCACAUCCACAACCAUAUCCUCCCCACACCGACCAACCAAUACCCCCAAACACCAGCAGCUCAGCAAUCGGCCCCCAGGACCUCCUCGCCCAGUUCCAAUUACCCGCCGUACCACCUCCCCCACCGCGCCGCAAAACAAUCCGCCGCGCCCUCCGCAACCUCCUCAUCCUCUCCAAUUUCCCAAACCUCGAGGCCCCACCCCCAACCUUGUCGCGCUCCCGCAUGUCAGCCUCAUUACUUAGAGACAAGGACAAAUCAGCUCUCGUCCAGCUCUACGUCGCCCUCUUCCAUUGGACGCCCGCAGAAGCCACAUCACACAUCCACCAAACAAUCAUUGCGCCUCCGAAACCGCCUCGCAAGAACGCGGCACACAAACCAGACGCGGAAAUCGGGCUCAAACCAGGGCAGAAACUGUGUCCGAUUACAAACUCUAUCGCACGGUACCGCGAUCCUGAAACGGGCAUCGCGUACCGUGAUGCACGCGCGUUUGGCGUCCUGAGGGGCGUCGUCGGCGGCGGCUUUGUCUGGAGUGGUGACUUGGGCUGCUAUGUUGGAGGGCGGGCGAAGCCGCUCGAGAGCAUGGGCGGCAAGGGGUUUCUGGGUAUGCCGCCGGCCAAGAAUGUGCCGCGGAGGUUUUGGGAGAUGUCGACUUCGCAGGCCCAGGCGCCGAAGAGGGUCGUGCCGCCGUCUACUCCCACUACACCCGCUACCACUGUAGCUCAGACUGGUGCUGGUGGUGAGGCGCAGACGCAGGGGCAUGGUCAGUCUCAGACUGCGGGGAGAGAUCACAGUCUUGUUGUCACUACGACUACAGCUCCAACUACUACUGUGCCGGUGAAGACGGACACUAGUGCUCCUAGCUGA